UAUUAACAUGUCGAGCGUAACAAAAAUAAACCCGCAGCCUUUUAUAUAACAUCGACAGGAGUAGACAAAUAUUGUGUUGCAGCAGCAGCGCGGGUGUUUAUUCUGAAACAGAUUCUGGAAAUGACAUGAACUAUUGGACACAAAGAUGAACAUGGCAGGCGGAUCAACCAUUAUUGCAUGGACAACAAUUCUAAUGACAUUUGCUGUGCAGACAUGGAGCCAGAAUUGUUCACCAUGCUCUUGUUGCAAUCAAGGAACGGGAUGCUCCUACAACGCUCAGCUCGGAAUCGACAACUACUGCUGGGGAGGUUGUGUCGAUGGAUACAUGAGCCCUCAGUGUCAGAAACGUUGUGGUUACCAACGUUGUCAGACAUGUUCAACAGAGACUACAUGUGAAACAUGUUAUGCUGGGUAUUACGGCGACCAAUGUAAAAGCCUUUGUCCCAGUACGUGUACCACUUGCACCUCUAGCACAUUAUGUACAUCCUGUAAUGACGGAUUUCACAGCGGGUCGGGGUCUACGUGCACAUAUAUGUGUAAUACAAAGUGUUUAUCUUGCACCAAUAUAUCAUCCUGUACAGCAUGUGAGGUUAAGAGUGGUAUUGGAUACUAUGGAAGUGAUUGCUCAAUGAUAUGCAGUAACAAGUGCAAAGACUAUAUAUGCGAUAUGUAUGGAAACUGUCUGCAAUGUGAAGAACCUAAUUUCAUAGGUGAUAACUGUGGUAGAUGUAUUGACGGCAAAUAUGGAAGUCAGUGUAAGAAUGAUUGUCCUGUAAAUUGUCUAUCGUGCGAAUCUGCCACUAAUUGUACUUCAUGUACAGACGGAUUUAAGGGUAUCACGUGCUCGACGAAGACGGAAUGCCCAGAGUAUUGUUUCAAUAAUACAGUUUGUUUAAGCACUGGAAAAUGUGAAUCAUGUAAAGACGGAUUAUAUGGCGAAUAUUGCAAUAUGACCUGUUCACAAAACUGCAGGAAUGGGUACUGCUAUCAAGACGGAUCUUGUAAAGCAGGUUGUGUUAAUGGCUCAGGGUGUGAACAAAGGAUUUGCCCACCGAACUGUAACUGUGAUACCAGCAACAACUGUAUAGAAUGUUAUAGUAAUUAUUUUGGGCCUUCAUGUUCUCUUACCUGUAGUUCAUGUAAAGAUAAUAUUUGUCCUGUACAUCGUUUAAAUGCAGGAAAAUGUGACGAAUGUGCUGCCGGGACGUAUGGUAAUCUCUGUAAUGAAACUUGUCCGGAAAAUUGUUUACAUGAUAGCUGCGACCAAGAGAGAGGGACUUGUAACUGCGAAAACGAUUACAAGUUUCAAAAUGGUACAUGUGUGCAUAGUAUAUGCCCAGCUAACUGUUCCACAUGUACUUCGUUACAUAAUUGUAAUUCCUGUGUUGCUGAGUAUUAUCAUGGAAAUACCUGUGAGUACGAAUGUAACAACUGCAGGUCAGGAACAACCUGUAGGAAGAGUGAUGGAUACUGUCAGGGUGAAUGUGCAGACGGUUUAGGUGGUAAUAAUUGUGGUACUCCUUGCAAUGAUGGAUGUUCUAACUGUACACGUAACCAAACUUCUGAAUGUUUGUCAUGUCAAACUGGACAUCAUGGCUAUGAUGGAUCAUACUUCACAUGCAGUAACACUUGCAAUAAUACAUGUGCGAAUAAUUCUUGUCACGCUUUGAACGGUCAAUGUGACCAAGGAUGUGUAGAUGGAUAUUCGGGACCGUUUUGUAACGUUUCGUGUCCAACUAAUUGCAAAUCGUGCCACCAAUACAACGGCAAAUGUAAUUUAUGUUCAUAUGAGUAUUGGGGCGAAUACUGCUUGAAAAAUUGCAGCGAAAACUGUAUGCAUAUAAACGAGUCCUUGUCAACCUGUGACAUUACAUCUGGUGAAUGCAAAUACGGAUGCCAAUAUGGGACUCACGGCUCACACUGCAAUAUUAAAUGUGACCAAAAGUGUAUCGCUUCUGAAACUGGGGUUCGUGAGUGCAGCCAUACAGACGGUCAGUGUACACAAGGAUGCAUUACUGGGUAUAAGCAGGGAAAUACAGGAUGCAUUGAUGUUAUCAAAUGUUCCGUAGCAUCCGUCAGUGCUGGCACAUCUGGAGCAGUUAUAGGUGGCGCUGUUGGUGGAGUUGUCGCUCUUCUUUCAAUUGCACUUGUCAUCGGAGCUUUCAUCUUAAUAAGGCGGUCAAGAAGAAGAAAAGACAGCACCGAUAAUCCAAAGACAGACGGCUAUGAAGCAGAUUUGGUUAUUUCCAAAGAGGAAAAUGAGGCAGUCUUUCAAAACGCAACUGCUUCUACCAGUAUUUAUCAUGUAAUUAACGAUACGACCGAAAACGGUAAACCUGGAAAUGGUUUUGAAAACAAUCCUACAGAAUCGAAUCCAUUGAAAGCUGCUAGGGAUGAAAACAACGCAGAUCGUUCAUCGGACUGCCAAGACAAAAUUGUGAUAACAAAGGCGUCAACAGGGCAAUCAAAGACAAAAAAGCUAAGAAACUCAGCAGGAAGAUCAGAACAGUUGGAAAACAGCGUGGAAGGUCAAACACCUAUUAAAGAUGCGUCGAAUGACAUAACACAUAACAAAGACACCGGUGAUGUGUACUACAAUAUGAAUAAGGUUGCCGUCAAACACUUGGGAUUAUUCGUGGCUACAAAGGACAAAGCAUAUUUUCUCGAAGAGUUUAAGAAACUUCCUGAAGGUUUGGUAAAACCCCAUCAAGAUGCAAUGAGGCCAGAAAAUCGUCCCAGAAAUAGAUAUCAAGGCAUUUACCCAUAUGACGACACCAGAGUGAAAUUGACGGGUGGAGAUACAGAUUUUAUCAACGCAAGUUUUGUAGACGGAUACAGGCAGGAAAAUGCAUACAUUGCAUCACAAGGUCCAACAGAGAAGACAAUGCAGGACUACUCGGUGUUUUGGCGGAUGAUCUGGCAACAAAAAGUUGGCAAGAUCGUUAUGCUCACAAAUUUAGUUGAAGACGGGAAACCAAAAUGCGACCAAUAUUGGCCGGAUCAUGGAACCACCAAACAGUAUGGAGAGAUACACGUGACGUGUUUAACUGAAGACAUGUACGCCGACUUCUUGAUGUUAACUUUUUCAGUGAAAAUGGAUAAAGAGGACAGGGCGGUACAACAUCUUCAUUUCACCAGCUGGCCAGACAAAGGGGUUCCCGAUGAUGUAACUUCCCUGGUAGAUUUCCGUCACAGGGUUCUACAAACAAAAUCUCCACUUGAUGGACCUACUCUCGUUCACUGCAGUGCUGGCGUUGGCAGGACGGGAACUUACAUAGCGAUGGACGUGCUGACAAGAGAGGGUGAAGCGGAAGGAUCCGUUGACAUUCAUGGCUGUGUCAACACCCUAAGACAUCGUCGUACGCGUAUGGUCCAAACCGCUGACCAGUAUGCUUUUCUGCACCAUGCAAUUGUCCACACGUUGACGUUAGACAGUACUCCCGUGACAACGGAGGGGUUUACAGCCUACUUGUCGGAUUCGGAGAACGAACAGAGGCAAAUCAAACAGUUCAAGCAACUUGAAGAUAUCACGGAAAGAUCUGAACAGGAGCGACUAGCAUCUGAGAGAAACGCAGCCUUAACUAAUUCCAACAGGAAGGGCACUGACAUUCCAGGUAACUUAUACAGACCGAGACUGCAUUUAGGUAAAGAACCGGGGCAGGAUUAUAUCAACGCCAUGUAUGUAAAUAGCUACAAACAAAGGAAAAAAUUUGUUCUCGCUAUGACCCCGCUUGAUGAGACUGUGGCUGACUUUCUUUGCCUCACAAUACAAGAAACAGCCGCCUGCAUUGUCGAUAUGGAGAAUGACAGUUCCCUGUACAUUCCCGAUGUUGGCACGCAAGCAAAAUUCGGUUCAUACACAGUAGACAAUCUUCGAGAGAAGUCAACAUCGUACAGUGUCAACCGGGUACUUAGAAUAAGCUACAACGGCCGGGGAGGACCUAAGGAGCAUACGGUGUCACACUACGAAUAUACGGGAUGGCCAGACAAUGCAGAAGUUCCCGAGUCUGCUAAAAACUUCUUGCAUCUUGUUAAGGAAGUAGAAACAAAGUCCGCAUCUGGAUCUGUCAUUGCGCACUGCAAGACUGGAGGCGGACGCUGCGGCAUGUUUGCAGCUGUUUGGACUAUUCUGGAGAAGACUGGCAUUGAACAUGAAGUAUCGAUAUUUAAUACAGUUCGCCAGCUGCGGGCAAGGCGACCAAAUGCCUUAUGCACUAGUGAGCAGUACUCAUUUUGUUACGAAUGUGUUCGCGAGUAUCUUCAAACAUUCGACAUCUACUCCAACUUCUCGUAGCAACUUGAAAUCACAAAACUUGUAUAAAAAUACCUAUAAUCAUUCUACAUAUACGUACAUAAAGCUGAAUGACUCUAUAAGUGAUUUUGUAUUGAUUGUGUUCAUGAAUAUCUACAUCAAUUCUACAUAUACUUACAUGAAUCUGGGUGACACCAUAUGUGCUCUUGCCUCGGGUGCGUCUAUAGCUAUAUACAGUCAUUCUACAUAUAAGUACAUGAAUCUGUUGACUCCACAUGUGCUCUUGUAUCGGACGCCUUCAUGAUUAUCUACAGUCAUUUUACAUAUCCAUACAUGAAGCUAGAUAACUUCACACGUGCUCUUGUUUUUAGUGUUUAUGAAUAUCAACAGUCUAUCUACAUAUACGUACAUGAACAUGGAUGACGCUUCGCGCGCUCUUGUAUCGAGUGUACUCAUGAAUAUCUGCAAUAAUUUGGCCCUUCUAGCAAUUUUGUUACACAAACACGAACUCUAACCUUGUGCGAUUUUUUUAUAUGGCUGAGUGUUAUUAUAUUAUAAUAUGUAUAUACAAAUAAUGGAUGUAGUGUGAACAAGUAAAGCAAAAUAUUGUAUUGUCAUCAUUUUAUCUUUGCAUAUUUAUUGCAAUGCUUUUACACAUGUAUAUCCGUUGUUGAUACAUUUCUUCAUGCUGUGGUACAACCUAUUUAUUGAUUAUUUAUAAAGGUUAACAAUAUAAUGUUUGUUGAGCAGUAUAUAAUGGUAAAGCCAUGAAUUUGAUAUUUUUUGAUAACUGUUAUUUACAUCUUAAAUAUUGUAAUCUUCGUUUCUUCUGAUAUCGUCUGAAAGCUUAAAGCACAAUAAUGCAGUAAAAAGGCGUAUACAUAUAUAUUACCUAAUGUUUUGUACACCUUAGUACUAUACACCUAUGUAUACAAUAUGUAAUAAAAUGUUGAAAAAAA